GGAACACCGCCUGGGGCUGCCCCUUUAGGGCUGCACCCCCUGCCGUGCAAGCCCUGCACAUGUCCAAUCCCUUCGAUACCCCCAUUCGGCCUCCCUGCUCCCUGGCCCAUUCACUCAAUAGUGUCCCCCCGACCCCACCCCGCCCCAGCCUGGCUGUGGCUAGAAAUGUGGGAAACAUUUGAGGAGGCAAAGUGGCCAUAGAUGUGCAGUUCAGCCCGGGCGCCCUGUGUCCCAGAUAGUCAAGUGACUGAACCUGGGGGUUGGGGCAGCCUGUGGCCCAGAAGGGGCAGGGUAUGGACGUGUAAAAGUCAGGAGUAAAGCCCCGAGGAAGCCAAGAAUCUCGGUGGUCUCCCUGUUAUUCCCUUGUCUGUCUAUCCUGCCCUCCUCUGCCCCCCAUUCAAACAAGUGGCUCUCCCAAGGAGUUUCUGGAAGCCGCUGUGAGUGGGGCAGUGGGGGUCAGGUGGUGGCUGGGUGCGGGCGUCGGGAGGCAGGGAGGCAGGCAGCAGGGAGCUGGAGUUGGCUGUGACGCCUUCUGAGGUGUGGUCCAGAACAAGUGGCAGGAUGAGCUGAGUGCUCUGGGUGCAGCCCUCUUCCCUGGGUGGCCUGGGAGUGGGGCCAUCAGAGCACCCCACGAGUGGCUAAGGUCUAGCCAGACUUCGGGGAGCAGAUCAGCUAGGUCUCAGGCAGGGACCAGGGAUCCCCGUCCUAGGCUGGGGGCCGCCCCCUCCCCUGGCCUGGCUCCUGCCGCCCGUGCCGCCGGUGAAACGCUGUUGACAUGUCCUGAAUUAUUAAGCACGGGGUGGGCUCCGGAGCACAUGCUGAGCGGAGCGGCUGGGGCUGCGCGGCGUGGCGGAGCAGCUCACUCGCUCGCUCGCAGGGACACACGCAGGGGCUGACAGCUGUGCUGGUGCUGAUAAGGGAAGCCACAAGGAGACGAUCGAGGAGAGAGACAAGCGGCGGCAGAGGCAGCGGCGGCAGAGGCAGCACCAGGGCUGCGGAGCUGCUCGGAGUGGGAGUGACUCCCCCACCUCAGGCCCCCACCCUGUCCCCAUCCUCCUCCAGCUUGCCCUGAGUUUAGAAGAGCCGCCGCUGCCACCACCGACACUCCGGAGGGCACCGGGGGCUGCUGGCCGGGGAGGGACAGGGGCAAGGAGGCUCUGGCCAGUCCAGUCCCAGCAGCCGGGGACAGAUGCCGAUCGAGAUUGUGUGCAAAAUCAAAUUUGCAGAGGAGGAUGCGAAACCCAAGGAGAAGGAGGCAGGGGAUGAGCAGAGCCUCCUGGGGGCUGCGCGGGGGGCAGCAGCGCCCCGGGACCUGGCCACCUUUGCCAGCACGAGCACUCUGCACGGGCUGGGCCGGGCCUGUGGCCCAGGCCCCCACGGACUUCGUAGAACCCUGUGGGCACUGGCUCUCCUCACCUCGCUGGCUGCCUUCCUGUACCAGGCGGCGGGCCUGGCCCGGGGCUACCUAACCUGGCCUCACCUGGUGGCAAUGGACCCCGCUGCCCCUGCCCCAGUGGCGGGCUUCCCAGCUGUCACCCUCUGCAACAUCAACCGCUUCCGGCAUUCGGCACUUAGCGACGCUGACAUCUUCCACCUGGCCAAUCUGACAGGGCUGCCCCCCAAAGACCGGGACGGGCACCGUGCCGCUGGCUUGCGCUACCCGGAGCCCGACAUGGUGGACAUCCUCAACCGCACUGGCCACCAGCUGGCCGACAUGCUCAAGAGCUGCAACUUCAGUGGGCAUCACUGCUCCGCCAGCAACUUCUCCGUGGUCUAUACUCGCUAUGGGAAGUGUUACACUUUCAACGCGGACCCACAAAGCUCCCUUCCCAGCCGGGCGGGGGGCAUGGGCAGUGGCCUGGAGAUCAUGCUGGACAUCCAGCAGGAGGAGUACCUGCCCAUCUGGAGAGAGACAAAUGAGACGUCGUUUGAGGCUGGCAUCCGAGUGCAGAUCCACAGCCAGGAGGAGCCACCCUACAUCCACCAGCUGGGCUUCGGCGUGUCCCCAGGCUUCCAGACCUUCGUGUCCUGCCAGGAACAGCGGCUGACCUACCUGCCUCAGCCCUGGGGCAACUGCCGGGCGGAGAGUGGGCUCAGGGAGCCUGAGCUUCAGGGCUACUCAGCCUACAGUGUGUCUGCUUGCCGGCUGCGCUGUGAGAAGGAGGCCGUGCUUCAGCGCUGCCACUGCCGAAUGGUGCACAUGCCAGACUCCCUGGGUGGGGGCUCCGAGGGCCCGUGUUUCUGUCCUACUCCUUGCAACCUGACCCGCUACGGGAAAGAGAUCUCCAUGGUCAGGAUCCCCAACAGGGGCUCAGCCCGGUACCUGGCCAGGAAGUACAACCGCAAUGAAACCUACAUACGGGAGAACUUCCUCGUCCUGGAUGUCUUUUUUGAAGCCCUGACCUCCGAGGCCAUGGAGCAGCGAGCAGCCUAUGGCUUGUCAGCCCUGCUGGGAGACCUCGGGGGACAGAUGGGCCUCUUCAUCGGGGCCAGCAUCCUCACACUGUUGGAAAUCCUGGACUACAUUUAUGAGGUGUCCUGGGACCGACUGAAGCGGGUGUGGCGUCGUCCCAAGACCCCCCUGAGGACCUCCACGGGGGGCAUCUCUACCUUGGGACUGCAGGAGCUGAAAGAGCAGAGUCCCUGUCCAGGCCGGGGUCAGGCUGAAGGUGGGGGAGCCGGCAACCUGCUCCCCAACCAUCACCACCCGCACGGCCCCCCAGGAGGCCUCUUUGAAGACUUCGCUUGCUAGGAUGAUGCUGUGUCUGAAAGGACUCAGGAGUCUGGGACUCCUCCCUGGAUCUUCCUGCUCCUGGGACAGAAGGCCCGGGGGCAGCCCAAGGCUGUGGCGGGGAGAGGGCAGUGGUGCUCACUAGGAGAACAGAGACUCAGCCCCUCUUCUCACCAACCGUGGCACCAGCUGCUUUGCACAAGGGUCCUUCUUGUCCCUACUCCCCUCCUGAGGCUGGCUGGUGCCCAGGGAGGCUGGAGAGCAGGCCAUGGGCCCCCAGGGAGGGGAAAGGGGAGAAGAGAGGGAGGUGGAGAAGCCCCAGAAGGGGUGGAACCCUGUGUACAUUUGUAUAUAUUUAGGGAGGACAGGGUGGGGGUGGGGGUACAGAUAUAGAAGGUGGGUGGGGCCAUGGGGUGGGUGAUUCGGUGACAGCCAGGGUCCCAGCCCUAGAGUGUCAACAGGGAAGGGCGGGCUCCCAGGAGCUGGGACUGCUGGGCUUCUCCUAUUCCCUGCCCCUCUGCAGGCCCAGCUCCUCAUCUGGCAGGGGGAGCGGGUGGCCCAGCAGGCCUGGCCCAGCUCGGGUUCCCCUGCCCGAUCCCUGCCCCCCCCCAAGUCCCCUCCACAGGGAGCAGGCGGGCCCUUCAGACCCUGGCUGAGCUUGGGAGUGGGAAAGUCUUCUCAGGCCUCUGUCUCCAGUCUGGCUUUAUAAAGUGCUGAUGAAACUAGGAAUAAAGAGGCAUAAGGAA